GCAGUAGUAGUAACCAUGGCGAUGUCCGGACUGGGUGCUUGCGCUGUUGCUGGUGUUGUAAUCGCCAUGUGUGUGGGAGUGGAAGGAAUGCCAGCGCCCCUCCCCGCACUCUCCCGCUGCCCCGCACACCCACGCCCACACCCUGAACAGGCGGUGGGGCGGCCCUCUCUCACCCCGCCUCACCCUAACAUUAUGGUGACGGUGAUGAUGGACAAACGUGUCUUGCCAGGUGGAGUGAGGCUAAUCCCUGCUAGUGUGGAGGCUGACGUGUGUGUGGAUGAGCCGACUCCCUUCCUGGUGCCUGUAUCCAACGCCAGCAUCACCACACUCUGCUACGCCCACACUGACAUCACCAUUCCUACACCGUCUUAUAACCUACUGGGUGGUGUUGACAGCAGGGUUCUAGACUGGCGGCACGUGUUCAGGCGUAGUGUGGGUGGUGUGGCUGGUGAUGCUGUGGUGGUGGCGGUGGUGACUGGUGCCUCCCCGCCGAAUGGUGAUAACAUGUACACCACUUCGUUGGAUAAGGUGGCGGUGAGGCAGGUGGUGAGGGUGGUGGAGGGGUUGGCACAGAAGGCAGUCUUCAACAUCCGUGACUUGCUGCCCUCGCCUGCUGUCAACCUGCCCUACUACCAAUACAGGUUAGGAACUGUGGAGGCAACAAGUGGAGGAGCUGGCCAAGGUGGAGGUGGAGGGGGCGCAGGAUGGUGGCGAGGUGGCGGCGUCAGGGCAGGUGGCAGACAGGCAUGCACACGGACAAGCUCAUCCACCUACUAA